CUUGCGGGCGCGCGGCAGUGGCCUUCGACUGCCUCACUCUGCACCACACCUCAUCUUCUUCCUCCACCUAGCUCCCUCUCCAUCUAUUGCUCUCUCCGUCGUCUGCAAUCGUUUGAGUGCCAAGAACAGUCACCACGAUGGCCCCCGUGCGCCUCCGCCACCCCAAGGGCGUGACCACCAUCCAGGUCGACUUCACGAACGCGACCGUGCAGGAUCUGCAGCAGGAGAUUUUCGCUGCAACCGAGAUCCCGCCUUCUCAGCAAGAUCUCAAAGCAGGAUACCCGCCCCACCCGCUCACCAUCGUCCCCGAGCUGCCCAUAGACAGCCUCGGGCUCCAGCAGGGCGAGCAGCUCGUCGUCACCCAGCGCCCGGCGGCGGGCCACCAGGCGUUCCAGGGCUCGAAGGGCACUGCAUUUCCGGCCCCGAGCCCCGCCGCGGCCAUGACGGGCCUGACGGCGUCGCAGGUGCGCGAGUCCCCGGGGCCGAGUAGAACGGGCUCGGCGGUGUCGACGUCGAAGGCGGGGAGCGCGAGGGGCGGCGGCGGGCCGGAGUACGUAUUGACGAGCAACGGGUAUUUGAUGCAUCGGGUCGUCCCGGACGACAACUCGUGUCUGUUCUCGUCGAUCGCGCUCAUCUUCGAGCAAGACAUGAGCAAGGCGCAGUCGAUACGGAGAAUCGUCGCGGACGCGAUCCAGAAGGACCCCGUGAAGUGGAACGAGGCUAUCCUUGGCCGUCCUCGAGAAGAGUACAUCAAGACGAUCCUGAAGCCCUCCGCCUGGGGCGGCGCGAUCGAGCUCUCGAUUCUCGCCGAGCACUACGCGACCGAGAUCGACUCGGUCGACGUCGAGACGGGCCGCGUCGACCGCUUCACGCCGCCGCCCGAGAGAGACUCGGGCAACCGCGCGAUCGUGAUCUACUCGGGCAUCCACUACGACGCGACGAGCCUCGCGCCGAUGCUGGACGCGCCCGAGGACUUUCAUCAGACGAUCACGAGUGGCGCGAAGGGCGAGAAGGGUGCGGAGGGCGGCGGGGAGGAGGACGAGGUGCUGGCGGCGGCGAAGAAGCUCGCGGACGCGCUGCGGGCGAAGAGGGCGUACACGAACACGGCGACGUUCGAGCUGAAGUGCCAGAUUUGCGGCAAGGGGCUGAAGGGGGAGAAGGAGGCGCGUGCGCACGCGUCGGAGACGGGACACGUCGAGUUUGGAGAGUACUGACGCCUCGCGUCGAGGGUUUCUCUCGCGGUGUUGAUUUGAAUGUUCAGCUCUUUCAGCGGGGGAAGUCGUAGAAGACAGUGCGGGAUACUAUGUAGCAUGUGGCAUACCACUGUAUCGUCUUGUUCGAUGGCUCCUCAAUGGAAGGAAUAUUGGUCGUACUUUACGCAGUGUAAUUGGCUUGUAUACAUAUGGCAUCGCUCACUGGCCUUGAAGGAAAAGGUCAUAACCC